AUGUCAACUUCAACAUCUCUUUCGCCGUCUCCUGCUCCUACCGUAUCACCCUCUUCCACUUCACCCGCCCAAACGCCGCCAUUUAAUCCCACCACGUUUUCAGCGCAGGCCCCAUAUCCUGAGCCGCCAGACGAGUUUGUCCAGGACCGUGUCAGGUAUGUUAAGCGCGUAAUACUCGCAAAUAAAGGAUAUCACCCGGGUUCGUCUCACAUUUGGAAGUACGGCCUCCAAUACGUCCGAGGCAGUGAUACGAAAGAGGUGUAUUACUGCCACGAGUGUGCGGUUGGAAAGUACAAGCAAGAAUUGUUUGUUAUCAAUGGUACCUCUAGAGUCAGAAAUCAUCUUGAGAAGAAGCAUCGGAUUAACUCCCAGACUGGUAUCAGGAGGAAAUUUUGCACCCAGAAGUCAGUACUCGAUUUACAGAAAGAUGCUGCAGCUUCCAGUACCUUCUUCUGGAAGGACUCGGUUGAGAAGUUCAAAGAACUUUUGAUCCGCUGGAUUGUAUACUGCCACAUUGCUUUCUUUCAACUGGAGAAUCAGUAUUUCCGCGAACUCCUCUUCUUUCUGAAUCCGGCGUUAAUGAACCACCUUCCGAAGGCAGCAAGAACCAUUCGAAACUGGGUGAUGACUGCCUUCAAGUCAAAGAAGCAGCAGCUUAGAGAAGAUCUACAAGGUUCCCGAAGCAGAGUGUCAGUGUCCUUUGAUCUCUGGACGUCGCCAAACCCUUACGCUAUCCUAGGCAUCGUCGCCAUGUGGAUUGAUGCUGCCGGCAAGCGAAGGUCCACAGUUUUAGGUAUGCGUCGUGUCUACGGUGAGCACACUGGCGAGAAUAUUGGAUCAAUUGUUCUUGAAUUACUGAAAGAAUACAACAUCGACGGGGACUCAAUUGGAUACCUCAUGCUAGACAAUGCCUCGUCGAAUGACAUUGCAGUGGAAUUUAUACUCAAGGAGCUAUGCCCAUGGAUGGACUCAAAACUGCGUCGCCAUCGCCGGCUGCGCUGUCUGGGCCAUAUAAUCAAUCUCUGUUGCCAGGCGUUCCUCAUGGGUCGGAACUGUGAGAAAUUUCUUGCAAAGCUCGAAAAACAUCAUUUGCGCGGAGACUAUGCAAAAGUAGAGGAGCUCUGGAAGAAAUUUGGAUGUUUGGGUCGGCUCCACAACUUGGUGAGAUACAUCCGGCUUACCCCUCAGCGUCGCGAGGAGUUUGCUACAAUAGUGAUCGGCGGGGAUCUCUCUGCAUUUGAUGGGCUUGAGCUGAUCCAGAAUAACUCGACACGUUGGAAUUCGUGGUUUCAUUCAAUCACACGGGCAUUGAAUGUGCGGGAACGUUUAGAGCUCUUCUCCGCCCGCCACGUACCUGCGAAAGGCUCUCAAGGGAUUGCGAACUUCAAGCUAGAUGGGCAGCACUGGUUCGAACUCGAGAAGAUUGAACUCGCUCUAAGGGACUUCUAUGCUGCAACUUUACUCUCCGAAGGUAGGAAAAAGUCUCUUGCCGACUGGUUUUCGACCAUAGACUGCCUUCUUCGAGAGAUAAACGAGACGAAGGAUCAUUACUAUGACAUCCACACCGAGGAUGACAACAAUUUCACAUGGACGUAUCUUCAAAGCUGCGCGGACGCCGCCUGGUCGAAAUGCGCGGAGUACUACAACAACCACCAACUGAAUUGGCGGUGUCGAUAUCCCGACGACACUGACCUGCCGCCCGCGUACUACGCAGCUCAAAUUCUUGACCCUUAUCGAAAGUGGGCUUGGUUUAGACAAGAAUGGGUUCUUCCAGGCGACAAGGAGAAGCAGGAGUGGUUUGAUAACGCUCAGCUAGCCGUGUAA